UUUCAUGUGCAUGUGUAUAUCGGCUCUAGUGGGAACCCGAACCCUUCUCUUCUCCUCACUGACGACUUUUUUCACCCCAGUAGCGAACCGAUUAGAAAGCAAAUUUGCCGCCUGCAAAUCACAAAUUCGAGCCGAAGUGGAAGAAGCAGACAGGAAACAGCAGAAGUCGAAAAUCGUGAGAGAAGAUGCCUUCCAGUGAUCCAUUGCCGCCCAAGGAGGGGGCCCUGUUCCGUAAGCUACUGAAAUGCUACGAACUGAAGCAAUACAAAAAUGGUCUGAAGUUGGCCAAGCAAAUCCUAUCAAAUCCCAGAUACACGGAGCAUGGCGAAACCCUGGCCAUGAAGGGUCUAACCCUCAAUGGUUUGGGCCGUCGUGACGAGGCCUAUAAAUAUGUCCGUUUGGGUCUGCGCAACGAUUUGCGAUCCCAUGUCUGUUGGCAUGUCUACGGGUUGCUGCAGCGCAGCGAUAAGAAAUACGACGAGGCGAUCAAAUGCUAUCGCAAUGCCCUCAAAUGGGAAAAGGACAAUUUGCAGAUCCUGAAGGACUUGUCACUGCUGCAGAUUCAAAUGCGUGAUCUGGAGGGCUACAAGGAGACCCGUCAUCAUUUGUUCACCCUACGACCAUCGCAGCACGCCUCCUGGAUUGGCUUCUCAAUGAGCUAUCAUCUACUUGGCGACUAUGAGAUGGCCAACAACAUUCUGGAGACGUUCAGUCAAUCUCAGACAUCGAUCGAGGCCCAUGAUUAUCGCCACUCCGAGUUAUUGCUCUAUCAAAAUCAGAUACUCAUCGAAUCAUCGGAUCUGCAGAAGGCACUGGAUCAUCUUAUUAAAUAUGAGUCACAGAUUGUGGAUAAAUUGGCUGUUCGCGAAAGCAUGGGUGAUUUGUAUAUUAAAUUGAAUCAAGAGGAGAAGGCAGUGCCUAUUUUCGAGGCAUUGAUUAAACGCAAUCCCGAAAACGUCUUGUACUAUGAGCAGCUUUUGAAAGCAAGAAAGCUGACCGAAUCCAGUUCGAUAGUGGCUGCAUAUCGUGAAUAUCAAGCUCAAUACCCAUAUGCCCUGUGUCCACGGCGAUUGCCAUUGAAUAUAGCUGAAGGUGAUGAAUUCCGUCAGGUGGCCGAUGAAUAUCUCCGCCGUGGUUUAAGGAAGGGCAUACCCCCGUUGUUUGUGAAUGUGCGCAGUUUACAUCAGAACCCGGCGAAGGCUUCGAUUAUAGAGAAACUGACGCUCCAGUACUUUGAGAAUUUGACUCGCUCUGGUCAUUUUUCACGCGAAGAUGCCGACAACGGUGUUGCCGUGGAGCCAGCUUCAGCUUUGGUUUGGACUGCUCUGUUCUUGGCCCAACAUUAUGAUUAUAUGCGGGAUACGGAUCGAGCCUUGGAGUAUAUUAAUGCUGCCAUAGACCAUACGCCCACCCUAAUCGAGCUGCUCAUAACCAAGGGACGAAUAUUUAAGCAUGCUGGUGAUCCUGUUGAGGCUUAUGUCUGGUUGGAGGAGGCCCAAAGCAUGGAUACGGCAGAUCGGUACAUUAACUCCAAAUGCGCCAAGUAUAUGCUGCGAGCCAAUAUGGUCCAAGAGGCCGAGGAGAUAUGCUCGAAGUUCACUCGCGAAGGUGUCUCCGCCAUGGAUAAUCUGAAUGAGAUGCAAUGCAUGUGGUUUCAAACCGAAUGUGCCCGAGCCUUCCAGCGCAUGGGUCGUUGGGGCGAAGCCCUAAAGAAAUGCUAUGAAGUGGAGCGUCAUUUUGCUGAAAUAAUUGAGGAUCAAUUCGAUUUCCAUACGUAUUGCAUGCGUAAAAUGACUCUGCGCGCCUAUGUUGGUCUGUUGCGUCUCGAGGAUGUUCUCAGGCGACAUCCAUUCUACUUUAAAGCAGCCAAAUGUGCCAUUGAGGUUUACAUUCGGUUAUACGACAAGCCACUCAAAGCGGAGACAACCAUUGAGGAAAUCGAUAUAGAAAAUCUGCCACCUUCCGAGCUGAAGAAACUGCGCAGCAAACAGCGCAAGGCCAAAAAGAAAGCCGAAUUGGAAAGUGCCCAAGCGGCGCAGGCCCAAGUAAAGCGAGAGCAGCAUCAAAAAUCCAAACAGCAGGCGAAUCAGGAAACCGAUCCAGAUGCCCCACAACUGGACGAACUUAUUGCCGAGAAACUGGAACGUCCCGAUGAUCCGCUGGAUAAGGCCACCGAGUUCCUUAAACCGCUGCAGCAGUUAGCCAAAGAGCGCAUCGAGACGCAUUUACUGGCCUUUGAAGUUUAUUAUCGCAAAAACAAAUUGCUCUUAAUGCUGCAAUCGAUCCGACGUGCCCGUUCGGUGGACCCAACUCAUCCGGUGCUCCAUAGUUGCAUAAUACGUUUCAUGAAGGCCCUGCUACAGGCCACCAAGCAGGGCCCUCCAUUCAAUGGGCAUGUCCAGCAGGUGCUGGAUAAGGCCACCAAAGAACUGAUAGGUCAAAAGACGCCACAGCAAUUGAAUGAUGAGUUUAUAGCUAAGCAUAACGCUUCCAUUCUGCAUUUAUACGAGGGAGCUCGAGGAUUAUACGAAUUGGAUCCCAGUAAAAAGGAUCAGGCCGUCAAAUUAAUAACCAGCUACGAUCUGAGCAAGCUUAGAUUAGAGGAGGCCAUUCAAAUCUACACAGCGUUGCGGGACGGCGAUGUGUUUGGCGAUUGCGAGACAGAGGCUAAUGACUAUCAACAAGCUUGUCAUCAGCGUUUUCAAUACGCUCGCAUAUUCCGCAACAUUGAGGAGCUCGAGGCUCAGUUGCAGGAAAAGGAGAAGGCGGCAGCUGCUGCUGCUGCUGCCAAAUUGCAUGCCGAAACGGAGGACGAGCAGCAGCAGCAGCAACAACAUAACCACCAACAACAGCAGUUGAAUCAUUUGGACUCGAGUAAACCCCCUUCAGUGGCGGCUGGGGCAUCCUAAAAUGGAAUGUGAGAGACUGGUUACCAGCACUAAUACCAACAACCAACAAUAAUUACAACAACAAAUCAACCAACUUAACAACAAUGAAACAUCAAUCAAUCAUUCAAUCAAUAUGAACAGCAAAAAGCUUCAAUUCAAUAAACAACAAAAAACAAAAAAAAAAAGAAAACCCAAAAAAAAAAAUCGAAAUCAAACUAAAUGAAGAUACUACUAACAUUCAUAAUGCACAAACCAUAGACUCCUACCAAUUCAUCACAGUCAUUGUGGUCCUCGUCGUCGUCUGGGAUAUCCUUUUUCGCGCUAUUUUUGUUCUUAAGUUGUUCGUUCAUUCUGGUAAUUUUUCUAGGCCAUUUUGUAAGCAUUUUCCUUGUUUUGAAUGCCUUUAUUAUUUCUUUUUUUUUUUUUGUUUUAUUGUAUGUACAUAUAAAGUCGUAAAUAAUUCUACGCCAAUUGAGAGAGAAAUAAAACCUUAAUUAUAACAA